GUGGAGGUCAGGUGGAGGUCAGGUGGAGGAGGACUCACCUGUCAGGGUCAUGGGAGGAUUACUAGCUGAGUGCACGCAGCGCUAACUGUCACGUGACAGCAGCUUCCACCAGGGUCCAGCGGUGGCCUGACUUCCUGUUAUGUCUGGCUGUCUGCUGAGCAUGACACAGCCCCCCCCCCUCUCCUCCUCCUCCUCCUCCUCCUCCUCCUCCUGCUCCUGCUGACUCUCAGUGAGUGUGCAGACAGUCUCUGUCUGGAUCAGACGGAGGACACACUCUCUCACACACACAGUCUCUCUCUCACACACACACAAACACACACAAACACACACACACGGACAGGCAGACCGCCGGUUACACCGAUACGAGCAGCAGACCUCAGCCGAGAGGAGAGCCUCCAGACCCGGUGAGCAUGUCGGUGCUGGCUCCGCCCCCCAGCAGUAGCUCCGACGCCUGCCUCAGCAUCGUCCACAGCCUCAUGUGUCACCGUCAGGGCGCGGAGAACGAGGGCUUCGCCAAGCGGGCGAUCGAGAGCCUGGUGAAGAAGCUGAAGGAGAAGAAGGACGAGCUGGACUCGCUCAUCACCGCCGUCACCACCAACGGCGUCCACCCGAGCAAGUGUGUGACCAUCCAGAGGACGCUGGACGGGCGGCUGCAGGUAGCAGGUAGGAAAGGGUUCCCUCAUGUGAUCUACGCCCGUCUGUGGCGUUGGCCCGACCUUCAUAAGAACGAACUGAAACACGUGAAGUUCUGUCAGUUCGCCUUCGACCUGAAGUACGACAGCGUGUGUGUGAACCCGUACCACUACGAGAGGGUGGCCACGCCCAACACUGCAGGUCCUCACUCUGUGAUUAAGGAGGAGUACAUGCAGGACUGUCUUCAGAUCGACCUGCCCCCCCACAGUGACCCCUACAACCAGCCGCGGCCUGUCAGCAUGUAUCCCAGCAUGCCCCUCUCUCCCCCAGGCAGCAGCUCCAUGCAGACAGCCACUCUGCCAGGAGGGGGCGUCGGCGGGGGAGGAGUCGGCGGCGAGGGACCUGGCCUCUUACAGAUCGCCCCGCCUCAGAACCACGUAGGCCACGCCUCCCCUCCUCAUGCAAAUCCCCCUCACACCCCCCAGCCUCCUCACCCUCCCACUCCCACCUCCCCUCAUCCACACAGCCCGGAGUACAGCAGCCCCCCCAGGACAGCCACCUGGCCAGGUAACAGCCCCGCCCCCUACAGCCCUGCAGGACCUCACCACAGUGGGCGGAGCCACCAGCACCAGCCAUUACAUCAUCACCAACACCACCACGCCCCCAACACUCACUUCUGGUCCCAGCACCACAGCACCGCCCCCUAUCCACAACCAGUGUCCAACCAUCCAGGUCCAGAGUUCUGGUGCUCCAUCUCGUACUUUGAGUUGGACGUUCAGGUCGGGGAGAUGUUCAAGGUCCAGUCCAGCUGUCCUCAGGUCACAGUGGACGGUUAUGUGGAUCCUUCAGGAGGGGACAGGUUCUGUUUGGGACAGCUGAGUAACGUCCAUCGCACCGCCACCAGCCACCGGGCCAGGCUCCACAUCGGUCGGGGGGUCCAGCUGGAGUGUCGGGGGGAGGGGGACAUCUGGAUGCGUUGCCUCAGCGAUCACUCCGUGUUCGUUCAGAGUUUCUACCUGGACCGGGAAGCGGGCCGAGCUCCUGGAGAUGGUGUCCAUAAGAUCUACCCCGGAGCCUACAUCAAGGUGUUCGACCUGCGGCAGUGUCACAGACAGAUGCAGCAGCAGGCGGCAGCAGCUCAGGCUGCAGUCCUGACUCAGGCAGCAGCAGUUGUCGGUGCAAUACCCGGGCCAAACAGCGUGGGGGGGAUCGCUCCUGCUGUCAGUGUGUGCUCAGCUGCUGGUCUGGGCGUGGACGACCUGCGCAGGUUGUGUAUCAUCCGUCUGAGCUUCGUUAAAGGGUGGGGCUGUGAUUACCCGCGGCAGAGCAUCAAGGACACCCCCUGCUGGCUGGAGGUUCACCUGCACCGAGCCCUGCAGCUGCUGGACCAGGUGGUGGAGCUGGUGGUGAAUAACUGUCAGUCAGCUGAUGGAGAGGUGGAGGGUCUGACGGAUGCGUAUAAGGAGCUGGAGAUCCUCAGCAUGGUGAACGUCGGCCUCAGCUCGCUCGCCAAACUGCCCUCACUGCCCAAACUGAGCAAGCUGGAGGUGAGUGAUAACAUCAUCACUGGAGGUCUGGACACGCUGGCAGUGAAGUGUCCCAACCUGACGUACCUGAACCUGAGCGGGAACAAGAUCAAAGAGAUGAGCAGCGUCGAGGUUCUGCAGAACCUGAAGAACCUGAAGAGUCUGGACCUGUACAGCUGUGAGGUGUCCACGCUGGAGGACUACAGGGAGAGCGUGUUCGAGCUCCUGCCCCAGCUGACCUACCUGGACGGGUACGACCAGGAGGACAACGAGGUGCCGGACUCCGAGGACGACGACGAUGACGACGAACCCGGUCCCCAUGGAGACGACGAUGAUGACGACGACGACGACGAAGAGGACGAAGAGGACGUCUCUGAAGGAGAAGAGGACGAGGUCGGUCUGUCGUACCUGAUGAAGGAGGGGAUCCAGGAUGAGGAAGAUGAUGGAGACUACGUUGAAGAAGAAGAGGAUGAUGAAGAGGAUGAGGAAGAUGGAGACGUGGACGGUGCCGAUGUUCGGGGGGAGAAGAGGAAGAGAGACGCAGAGGACGAAGGUGACGACGAUGAUGACGAAUAAUCGGAUCACCUUCAAUCACUGAACACCUGGACCCCCCCCCCCCCCCCCUUCCCCUCCCCUCCCUGCAGUGACCUCUGACCCCGCCGGCCGACUGACCUCAGAGCUGCAGAGAGACAGGCACACACUCAGAGCUACACACACACUCAGAGUUACACACUCAGAGCUACACACACUCAGAGCUACACACACUCAGAGUCUCAUCAUGUCAGGGGAGCUGUGUUUAAAUGUGGACGUCACGCCUCCUGUCGUACAAAAGUGAAGCCAAGAUGAGCUCUGACGUUGUUUUAUAGAGUCAGAGUUUAGGGGGCGGAGCCGAGGUGGCGCCCCUCUUUUAGUUUUAAAGCUACAGGACGCAGAGCGGAGAGCAGGUGAGAACACACACCUUCAGUCUGAGGCUGCGGUGUGUUCACUGACUGUAGGAGAACAGAGUCUUCUCUGUCUCUGCUGGUUUAAAUCUCCAGAGAAUCCACUUCCUGUUUUUAUCAAAGUAAGGUCCCGAUCAGGGGACAGUCCGGUCUCUGGACUCUUCAGGGUGAAUCAGCUGAUCCCUCAGAACCUCGACAGUCUCUCAGUUCAGGUCCAGAUCUGGUCCCUGAUCCAACACUACACUUCCCAUGAGCCUCAGCAGCGUGUCUGUGCGGCCUUUUGACAUCUUACAGCCAGAGUCCAGACCUGCGUUAGCCCCGCCCCCCUCACCGCUCACCUGUCAGUCUGCAGCUCUCGGUGUCAGCUCGGCUCCCUUUGGAUCUAGAUCCCGGUCCGGGUCCUGGCCCUGGUCCUGGUCUGUGUAAAUAGAGUUGGUCUCUGUAGGUCUCCGUGCUGUCGUCUGUUUGAAUCUUUAAUUUUAUUUUUUUAUUCUCCUGUCUGCGUGCGGCUGUAAGAGUUUUUCAAUAAAAUCAAACCAAACCUCC